UGUAUAGCUUUAAGGUGAACAGUAUUUUCAGUACUCUGAUUUUAGGAUAGGUCAAAAUCGGAAAUGACGUCACACACCGAGAACGCAAAACACAGCCACAUUUACGAGUAAACAGGCAGAGAGUCUUGUGGUAUUUUCCGCAUUUUUGCUGCCUUUUACUGAACAAAUUUACCAUUUUUAAGUAUUUUGUGGUUAGUGUUCUUUAUAGGAUACCGAAAUGAGUUCUCCUGAACAGAAAAUUGAAGUUCCUGAGAUCAGGGAAGAGCUGGCGGGAGAACAAUCUGUUGAGGAUAACGGUGUGACCGAGCGGAGCCCGACCCCGGUCCACCUUCAGGUGGGGCGUUUACGGGUGGAGGACGACGGCAACAGCAGCGUGUAUACCAGCGAGGAGGAGGGAGGGAGUCACGACGAAAACCGAAUCGCUGAUGAACCCGAAUUCGUGGCACCAGAUGACGAACUCAGGGACCGCAUUAUAAAACAGGUGGAAUUUUAUUUUUCCGACGCCAACAUACUGAAAGACGCUUUUUUACUCAAGCAUGUGCGCAGAAACAAGCAGGGAUAUGUGAGUAUUAAACUCAUAACAUCAUUUAAGAAAGUGAAAUCCUUAACUAAAGAUUAUCGUGUUGUUGCAUACAGUCUGAGACACUCUGAAAAACUUGAAGUGAACGAUGAAGGAAGGAAAGUUCGUCGUAAAGAUCCUCUACCAGAGUGGGAUGAAACAACCCCAUCACGUUCCGUGGUUGUGGUUAAUUUACCCAUGGAAAAUCCCUCCAUUGAGAAUGUGGCAGAAAUGUUUUCCAAAUGCGGUGAAGUUUCGCUUAUUAGGAUUUUAAGACCAGGGAAGUCUGUGCCUCAAGACGUGAAAAAGCAUGCUACUAAACAUCCUGAAAUUGGUACGACAACUUGUGCUGUAGUGGAAUUUGAGAAGCAUGAAGCAGCACAGAAAUCUUGUGAAACAAUGAAUGAUGCUGAAGACUGGCGCCAAGGUAUGCGUGUUGUAUUGCUAGCUGCUCAGAAGAAAAAAGAAAAUAAAAAGAAGGACAGAGAUGGUGAUGAUUCAGGAAAGGAGGAUGAUAGUGAGGGGCAAGAUAAGAAAAAGAAGAGGAGGGAAAGAAGGAAGAAGAAUAGAGUCGGUGAACUUGCUGACAAUGACUCGUCAUGCUACUACAGCAGUGGUUCAGAAGCUGAGUUUGGCACACCACAAAGAGGCAAUUACAGAACUCACCAAAUCCUCAAGAAAACACUAAGUCCAAAUCAUAUGGAGCAUCCAGUGCUUAAGAAAACAUUGAGCCCAAAUCAUAUUGAACAUCAAAAACUGAAAAGAACCAUGAGUCCUAAUCAAGAGCACGCAAUGCUCAAAAGAACUCUUAGUCCAAAUCAUUAUGACUCGAAUCGUUUGAGUCCAAAUUCUUCUCCAAGGUCAAGUCCAAAAUCUAGUCCAAUAACUAGUCCGAGGUCACAGAGAAGGAGAAAUUUCCACGGGAUUUCACCUCUUGCUGAUGACAAAAAGAGUCCGAGUACGAGUCCAAAGCUGAGUCCUCAGGGAAGCCCCGACAUGGGGAGGAAAAAGUAUGAUAACUCAUCAGAUGGUACACCAUCUAGUCCCUGGGUACAGAGAAGACUGAAAAUGGCUGGGCAGGAUAAAAGCCCUUUGGCAGGCAGUCAGAUCAAUGGGAGGAGCCCAGAGAAACACAAAAUGUUUGGAAUGGAAGGAGUGAUACGUCAACCAAGGGGCCCCGAUGGAACCAAUGGUUUCCACUUAGGAAGAGGAAAACCUAGGAGCAGUACAUUUUCAUAAAACUGCUUAUAUUUCGCAGUUGUGCUGUUGCAGAUUUCUUGCUUUUUUGCAUAUAACCAUUGUAUAGAAAGUUCAAACACUCUUUUGUUAUUUAAUUAGUGUUUUAACUCGCAAAGACCUUUGUAAGGUGGAGGUUUCUGUGAUAUAAUAUUUAUAUGGCAUAUGUGCUAAUGUCGUAAAACUAUGCUGUCUGCAUUUGUACCAUUUUUGGAUGUACACUGGAUUUUUACUUAACCUAAAAACUAAAAUACAUACAUGUAUCAUAAAAAUAUACAGGUUUGAGAAGGUGAAAAUAUGUGAAAUUAACUAUUGCAAAAAGUACCUGUGCAUGACUGUCAUUAUAAGGUAGUGUUCACUGUUAUCUGUGUGUGGUUUCAUCAUGAUCAUAUUUGCUUUUGUUUGAAUUGCAAAUGAGAAUUUUUAUUGAGUUAAUAUUUUAUGACAGAAGUGUGCACUUUUUUAAGGGUAAUUAUUUUCAGUCUUGCACUUGUUUAUGCAUCUUUGAACAGUGAAAGUGCACAGCUUGUAUAUAAAAAGGGGAUGAUAAGAUGAAAACUGUGUCAAAAUAUGGUUGUAAAUCAUAUUGAAUGAUGGAUAAUGUAUUGUCUCAGAUUUCACAUGGUUAAUAUAAUGGGGGCUUAGUCUACAUUGAUUUGAAAUAUAAGAACUCGGCACCAUAAUACAAACCACUAAAUAUUUCAGUGCAUUGUGUAUUAAAAGUCUGACAAAUUUGUAAGAUUACACGAAUGUUUUGAGAAAAUACAGGUAUAACAAAUAAGCAUGACUAUCUAUUAGUAGUUUUAUCUGGGAGAAUUAAGAGAAUCCUUGAAUGAGUUGAUCAGGAUAGCAGUUCUGGAACUGUCGGAACAGAAACCUCUAAAUAGAUGAUGCAGAUGGAAUCAAAACGGCAGCACCUGUUGUAAAAGGGAAUGUAAUGUGACGUUUGCAAUGAUGGACCGUUUUAAUUUUCACAAAUGUGCACUAUGGGGUAAGAUAUUUCUCAGUUUCAAGAAACAAUAUGUUUUUUAUUAAUAUUUCCCAUUCAUUGGUAUUUUCAUGAUACUCUACUUUUAAACUCAUGAUCAGUGCCGCCAUGUUUAUUAUCCUGUUUCACUUGAUUCGUGGAAAAAUCGGAAUUGUGUUUUGAGCAUAUCCAGAACACUCAGUCGAGCACACCCUAUAUUGACAAUUACAGAGUUGAUCAAAAUGUAGAAUAGUCUUCUAAUAUUUUAGUAUUAAGCAAUGCUAAUGGUUACAUGUAUGCAUUGAAGAAACUUGAUGUGUAAAGCUUACGAGUUACAUUUUAAGUAGAUUUAUUACUGUAAUAUGUAGGAUUGUCUUUUAUGUGUUGUAUCUGUGUUUGAAUCUGAUGUAUACAAUUUACCAUCACUUGUCAAUGCUCAUUUAUAAAUAGUAUUUUUUCUGUAAUUGUACAGGCUGUUUUACGAGUUAGUGAGCUUAGUUAAUGUGCGAUUUAGCCCUUCUGGACCUGCCAUGUGAUUCAUAUGUAGAAAUUAACUUGUAGACAUGUACUUAUGCCCUCCUUUAAAAAUAUUUUGAUAUGCCCUCUCCCAACUCUAAAUGAAAAGUAUAGAUUUUGGAUCGAUAGGUAAGGGGAAGGGGGUCUGGAAAUUAUGGGACACAUUCUGAAAAGGGAAAAGCAGCACAUGAAUGCUUCGAGUCGGGCAGAUUUAUUUCAGCCAGAGGGGCGAGUGCAAAAAGUUUAUGUUAUCUUUAGUCUUAUUGAAAUACAUUGCCAGAUAAAUUGAAAUAGCAUUUCAUUUUACUUUUUGUAGAAAUUUGAUUCUCUGUUGUAUGUAGUGCAAAAAUUAAAUAAAAGGAACAAUGCAUGUCUCUAAACCCUCUGUUUCACCCCCUCUGCUACUUGUGUACAUACUAACAAUCUGCUUUUUUGUGGAAACUAAAGUUGAUCCUUACUUCAAUGUUAUUCUCAUGGUUACAUUUUGAAUUUUUGUAAAAAAUACUGUAAUGUGCAAUAUUGUCAUUACAAUAUAGAUGGUACUGUUUAUAGAACAGCUCGUUUUUGUCAAUGAUACUUAACAUGUGUAAGACAUUUUAUUUAGUCGACGGACAUGAGUCAUCGCAUAUUGUUCAUUACAUAUGGCAUUCAAGAGAUAUAACUAUUUGUAUUUUAUGAAUAAUCUAAUGGGGGGGGGGGGGGGGGGGGGGGGGGGGGGGGGGGCAGUAUCUUUCAAACUUGUUCUCCAUAUACUUUUGCAAUCAUUUUGAAAUCUGUAAUAUUUUGUAAUUUUAAGUUAAUACAAACUUCUUUUUCUUUUUUUAUAGUUUUAUAUGUUUAUAUAUACUUUGUAGGUAUUUUUACAUGUACUGAAAUAUUUUAAAAACCUUUAGAUGAGUUUGAAACAUUGAAGUAUACUGCUGGGAGUUGAUAGAUUCCUUGUUAGACUUUGAGUUGUAAACAUUGAUAUGCAACAUCUGCUUUUAAAAUAGAAUAUGUUGCAAUGAUUCCAUGUUGGUGUUUUUUUCCAUGAAUCGACAAUGACUGUUGAAUUCAUUUUGCAGAUAUAGAGAUAGAUAUUACGUGUAUUGUUUGUAUUAUUCAGUGCGAUAAAUCUGACACAUAGAAACCAUAGCAUUUAGGAUGUAUAUGUUUUUAAUAUUCUAAUUGCUGUUAAAACAGUCAAUUUGAUUAGAGGUAUAUUGUCUUCAUAUUGAGCUAUUGACUUCUCAAUUUAUUGGGGUGGGGGCCAGAAUGGAGUUUUAUUUAAUGAAUUAUGUGAAGUAAAAGCAUGGAGAUCUAUUUAAAAAGAAAUUAUGUUGUUAUUUUUGAGUGAAUGGUGGUACAUAUCUUUAUUUAUUGAGAUAGUAUUGUUGUAUAAACAUUCCAAAAGUUUCUUGUUAUAUCUGAUGCCUGUUUGUGUGUGGUAUUUGAAAUGUAAAUGAUGUUUAUUGUUUAUUGCAGAAAAUCAUGCCUAAGAUUGUUCUUAAGAGGUCGUUUCCAAAACCAUUGAUGAAAUAACCCUUAAAAUGUUUUUUAGAUUUAAAUAUUAAAUUGCAAGUUAUAUAUAUAUAUAUUUAAAAAAAAAAAUUUUUUUUUGUUAUAAAGAACUAUAAAGAGUAGUGAUUUAUGCUGAGAAAACCAAAUAUUUUUUCUUUAGUAUAUGCUAUGAUCGUUGAAUGUAAGCAUUCUAUGAGUUGAAUGGAUUCGCUAUACAUGUAUAUAGUAUGCACUUUGCUGCAAUAUUUUCCCACCUUUAGACAUAAGAAUUUCAUUUUACGAUGGCAUUGAUGUCAACUUGGGUGCUGAUGAAGCUGCAUUUUACACUUGUGUUCUAAAUCAAUAUUUCAGAAGUUUUAUUGUGGCUAAUAUCUUGUAAAAAUAAAAUCGCAAUGAUGUUUUUAAA